GGACUCCAGAAUGUCCUUGACAGCCACCAGGCCUGGCGGUCCCUCUCAACAGAAAGGCGCCCUAUCUCAAGCCGGGACAGCACUCCUGAUUGUUAUAUCUCUUGUUGUUUUGUGAGUAAUCUAAUAUGCAAAUAGUCCUUGAAGAAUCAAGCUAAAUUUGAAGACAACUUAGAAAGAUUGAAGAGUCUAUCAUGGAGUACAAAAUUGAUGGGAAAGAAAAAUACCAACAUAGCUUGAAUUUACUGAAUAAAAUUAAGAACAUGAAAGAAUUGGCAGAGAUGAUUGAUGUAGUAGUCAUAGUAGAAGGAGAGAAAUUUCCUUGCCACAGACUGAUCCUGUCUGCUUUUAGUCCUUAUUUCAAAGCCAUGUUCACCUGUGGACUACUUGAAUGUACUCAAAGAGAAGUCAUACUUUAUGACAUCACAGCAGAAAGUGUGUCAGUUUUAUUAAAUUACAUGUACAGUGCAGUUUUGGAGAUCAACAAUGCCAAUGUACAGACUGUAGCUAUGGCUGCCUAUUUUAUGCAGAUGGAAGAAGUCUUCCGUGUGUGUCAAAAAUAUAUGAUGGACCAUAUGGAUGCCUUCAACUGUGUGGGUAUCUAUUAUUUUGCAAAGCAGAUUGGAGCUGAAGAUUUAUCUGAUCAGUCGAAGAAAUAUUUAUAUCAGCACUUUGCUGAGGUGAGCUUACAUGAAGAAAUACUAGAAACUGAAGUGCACCAGUUUCUGACACUUAUUAAAUCAGAUGACCUUAACAUAUCCAGAGAGGAGAGCAUUUUGGACUUAGUUCUGAGAUGGGUAAAUCAUAACCAGGAAUUGCGCAAAGAGCAUCUUGUUGAGCUUUUGAAGCAAGUAAGAUUGGAACUUAUAAGUCCUUCUUUUUUAAGACAAGUCCUGAAAAAAAACACAAUGCUUCUAUGUGAUGCAAAUUGCAUUGACAUAAUUCAAAACACUUUCAAAACCUUCAAGAAACCACAACAGCAUCCUCUAAAUCUUCGUUAUGGCAUGGAGACUACUAGUCUUUUGCUUUGCAUUGGCAAUAAUUCUUCAGGAAUCAGGUCAAGACAUAGGAAUUAUGGGGAUGCCAGUUUUUGUUAUGAUCCUGCAUCACGGAAGACCUACUUUAUCUCAUCUCCCAAGUAUGGGGAGGGUUUAGGAUCUGUGUGUACUGGUGUUGUCAUGGAAAACAAUGCUAUAAUUGUGGCUGGAGAAGCAAGUGCCUCGAAACUCUCUAGACAAAAGAACAAGAAUGUUGAAAUAUAUAGGUAUCAUGGUAGAGGAAACCAGUUUUGGGAAAAGUUAUGCAGUGCUGAAUUUAGAGAGCUCUAUGCUUUGGGCAGUGUUCAUGAUGACCUCUAUGUUAUAGGAGGACAGAUGAAAAUUAAAAACCAGUAUCUCAUUACAAACUGUGUUGAUAAGUACUCUGUAGAACAGGAUAAUUGGAAAACAGUGUCUCCCCUUCCACUACAAUUGGCAUGUCAUGCUGUAGUGACAGUAAAUAAUAAACUCUAUGUGAUUGGAGGAUGGACCCCUCAGAUGGAUCUUCCUGCUGAAGAACCUGAUCGAUUAAGCAACAAACUGUUGCAGUAUGACCCUAGACAAGACCAAUGGAUAGAGCGGGCACCCAUGAAGUAUUCUAAGUACCGAUUCAGUACUGCUGUAGUCAACAGUGAGAUUUAUGUUUUGGGUGGAAUUGGCUGCAUAGGUCGAGACAAGGGCCAGAUUAGAAAGUGCCUGGAUGUGGUAGAGAUCUAUAACCCUGAUGGAGACUUCUGGAGAGAGGGCCCACCUAUGCCAAGUUCCCUGCUCUCUCUUCGAACCAAUUCUACCAAUGCAGGAGCAGUGGAUGGGAAGCUGUAUGUGUGUGGAGGAUUCCAUGGAGCAGAUCGCCAAGAGGUUAUCUCCAAAAAAAUAUUGGAGUUGGACCCAUGGGAAAAUCAGUGGAAUGUUAUAGCUAUCGAUGUCCUCAUGCAUGACAGCUAUGAUGUCUGCUUGGUUGCCAGGAUGAAUCCUCGAGAUCUCAUCCCCCCACCUUCAGAUUUGGUGGAAGAAGGCAAGGAGCACUGAGAUUUGGUUGUGCGAGGACAAAAAGUGUUCCCACCUACACCUCCAUCUUGGCAGAAGUCCCACCAAGUUUUCUUGAAGAAAAAUACUGAGCAAAGUGAAUAUAUAAAGAUAUGUAUUUGCAUAUUCUUUUUUUACAUAUAUAACUCGACUUUAAUCCAUUCUUCUUUUAUUCAACAAUAUAUCUAAAACAGAAGUGUAGUAUUUCAUCAUAUAUGUAGCAUAAUUUCUUAAACAAAUCACCAAAAAAUGGACAUUUUGGUUGGUUACUCCAGCAUUUUUCAAAGGGGAGGGAUUUGACUUUCCACUCUACUGAUCUGGGAUCUGGCACCUGGGUGGUGAUUGUUUAGAAUAUGGGCUUUGCCUUGCACUGAAAGUCUCUGUGAGAGGUUGGGAGCAUUAGAUGCAGAUGCAGAAGCCUGCCUACUUGUGGUGGACAUUGCCCCAAGCUACUUAGAGGCAUUUGGGCUUAUUGAGAGACAUUGUGGAUAACAGCCAAGUUAGGAAACAGAUUUGUCUCAUGCAAAGAUUUGCCUGGGCUGAGCAGAGGACCUCUGUGAGAUAGCAGUCAGCUGUCAUUGAAAGGACAGCUGGACAAUGCAGGCAUAGUCUCCGCAUCCUGUGGGAGGUCAUGCCCAUCCUGCAGCAUUGAGAAUCUCAACAGUAGAUGAUCUCCACUGGCAUGGAGCACAGGAAAAAUACAUGGGUCAGGAAGAAUAGCUGAAUCUUCAGGUUCCAGAGAAACACAAGGCUUUUCACCAGCAAAAACACUUCCUUCAGAUCAGAGUCAUGACUUAAGGCCCAGAAGCCCUGCUGAAACUUAUUUCUCUACCUUCCCAAUACUGUGAAUUUUUGGAGCAAUAUUAUCACAGGGAAGUGUGCCAGUAUUGGAUCUUCUUCAUCUGAGGGGGCAUGCCAUGAGAGGGUGGACCUGGAACAGUGCAGAGGUGGAAAGUGUUCCCUGUGGCACAGAUAUGAGAGCCCCUGGCUCCAGACAAAACCCACUCUCUCCCCCUUUCUCUAUUUCUACUCAACACAUAUGGCUGCUCAGCCCUCAACUGGGCACUACCAAAAUAUCUAGAAUAAAGCUAGAGAAUACUUUGCCAUUCCUCAGAGACAAGACACACUCAAAGAAAAUCACAUGUUUUGAGCACUUUUUUUGAGCCAAGCACUGUUAUGGGAAAAGAAACACAAUGCAACUCCAAGUUCUAAACAAGUUCGCAUUCUGGAGGAGAGAAGAGAUGUGCAAAUACAGUGACAUGAUCUCUUCUGAGAGGUUAGAGUCUAAAUCCACACCAGGUGAAAAUGCAGUAUAAUUAUCCCUACAUUCAUUUCCAAUUGCAGCUGAAAAAAAUCAGUAUACAUUUACUGGCUUAAGUUGCAGUAUGAAUUUAUUAUAUUAUACUUCUAUAAUUCAGAAAUCUAAAACAGAUCUCUGUGAGCUAAAAUUGGAGUGUCUUCAGGGCUAUAGUCCUUUUGAGGCUCUGGGGAACAAUCCAUGUCCUUGCCUUCUUCAGCCUUGGGGGGCUGCUGGCACUUCUCGGUUUGUAGAUUCUUCCUUUGUCUUCAAAGUCAACACUUAUAUUGCCCUGCCUUGCUCCUAUUGUCACACCUCCCUCUCUGACUCCCUCUCCCACUUUUUAUGAGCCUGUGAUUACACUGAGCCCACCAAAAUAUUCAGGAUAUUUUUCCAAUCUUAAAGUAGGCUGAUUAGCAACCUAAUUCCCCUAUGCCAUUAAAUUUUAGAUCGCUGUCCCUUGGUAUCUAUGGUGACUGGAUCCAGGACCUAACCAAUUCCCAAGUAUGCUGAUGCUCAAGUCCUCUUAUAUAAAAUGGCAUAGUAUCUGCCUAUAACCUAUGAACACCUCUCAUUUACUUUGAAAUCAACUCCAGAUUAUUUACAAUACCUAGUAUAAUGUAAACACUAUGAAAAUAGUUGUGAGACUUCCCCCAAGAUGGAGGCAUAGGUGGAAGCACUGCGCCUUCUCCCACAACUAAGUUUAAAAACAACAAAGUUUUAGCAACAAAAACGCAGCCAAACUACAGAAAAUUGAACUACAUGGAAGUCCGACAACAACGAACCCUUCGGCCAAACCAGUAAGAGGAGAAGAGCCAGCAGCAGAUCGGGGUUGGGCAGGAAAUCCACUGGACCAACCCGGGCACCCAACCCGGGUGCACCAGCAGCCAUGGGCAGAUCCCAGGUGUGAAGAAUCAGGCAGACUCACUGAGGGCACAAGGCAGUGAACCCACUGAGGGCUGAUCGAGGUUACACAUGCACGCUCAGAUAAACUGGUGAAGGAGCUAGCAGUGAGAUGGACCACGCAGGCCCCAGUGGCAGGAAGCAGCAGAGGGAACUGCCAUUGUCCCUCUCUGACCCCACCCCCACAUACAGUAUCACAAACCAGCGACUUGGGUGACCCCACCCUGGUAAACAACUAAUGCUCCGCUCCUCAUACAUAACAGGCACAAACAGAUAAAACACGGCUCAAGAACAACUCAGAGCCCCAGAGCCAAUAAAUCUAAGUGAUCAAGAAAUAGCCAAACUUUCAGAUGCACAGUUCAAAACACUGGUGAUCAGGAUGCUCACAGAACUGGUUGAUUUUAGUCACAAAUUAGAGGAACAUACAAAGGCUAAACUAAUUGAAAUGAAUGGAAAUACACAGGAAACCAAUAGUAAUGGAAAGGAAACUGGGACUCAAAUCAAUGGAGUGGACCAGAAGGAGGAAAAAAAUGACCAAACAGGAAAAUAUGAAGAAACAAGAAUUCAAAAAAUGAGGAGAGGCUUAGGAACCUCCAGGACAUCUUUAAAUGCUCCAACAUCUGAAUUAUAGGGGUACCAGAAGGGGAAAAGGAACAGCCAUGAGUGGAAAGCUUAUUUCAACAAAUAAUAAAACAGAACUUCCCCAAUCUGGCAAAGGCAAUAGACUUCCAGAAAAUUCAGGAAGCUCAGAGAGUCCCAAAGAAGUUGGACCCAAGAAGGAACACACCAAGACACAUCAUAAUUACAUUAGCCAAGAUUAAAAUGAAGGAGAGAAUUCUAGAAGCAGCAAGAGAUAAGGGGACAGUCACCUACAAAGGAGUUCCCAUCAGACUGUCAGCGGACUUCUCAAAAGAGGCCUUACAGGCAAGAAGGGGUUGGAAAGAAGUAUUCCAAGUCAUGAAAUCCAAAUACCUACAUCCAAUAUUGAUCUAUCCAGCAAAGCUUUAAUUUAGAAUGGAAGGGCAGAGAAAGUGCUUCUCCGACAAGAUCAGAUUCAAGGAGUUCAUCAUCACCAAGCCCUUAUUAUAUGAAAUAUUACAGGGACUUAUAUAAGAAAAAGAAGAUUAAAAAGAUGAACAGUGAAAGGACAGCAAACUCACAGUUAUUAACAACUGCACCUAAAACAAAAGCAAACUAAGAGAACAGCUGGGUCAGGAGGCGAACCAUAGAAAUGAAGAUCUCAUGGAUGGACAGCAACAGGGGAGUGGGAUAAGGAGAAGGGGGGAGAAGGUACAGAAAAUAAGUAGCAUAGAC